AUGUCUCAAUCAUCUUCCAUCUCCAUUGGUGCCAGCAUCAACACUGCUGCUGCAGUCAGUAGCAGCAUCAACCCCUUCACUGAAAGCCAAGUUCCUCUUGCCAUCAUCAAGAACCUUGCAAUGCACAGUGCCAAUGCUCUUUCAAACCCUGAUGAUGCUUUCCCAUCUCCAGUAGCUGAUGACCUCACUCCUUCUGAUGCCAUUGACAGUGAUGAUGACUUCACUUUGCCGCUCCCUGCUGCCAACCAGACUGCUCUUGCUGCUCCAGUUGAUCUGAAGGUUGCCAACCAGCUUUGCAGCUUCUGCCUCUGCCUCCUCCAGCACCCUUCUCUUCUCCUCUGCACUUGCCCUGAGUGCACUCACCACCUGCCGCUCAUCCCAACCUAUGCCAAUGUGUCUCAGCACCUCAAGUCCCACCAUCAUCCGCUCACCAAGACUGGCAUCAAGCUGUUGGAGGAGACACUCCUUACUCUUGACCUUGUCAGCCCUGCUACUGUCAGCAUCAACACCAAUCUACUCCCCAUCAACCUCAUCAAGGAGCUUGAUACAUUUGAUGGCUACUGUUGCAGUAUCUGCGAGUAUGCUGUCAAGUCGAGCUCCUCUGCAUACAAGCACCAGUGCAGCAGCCAUGAUGGCAAGGCUUCUGUCAUCCACCCUGUUCUCAUUCAGCCCAUCUUCACCAGUGGUCCCUUCACCUGCUAUGUGUGGGUCUUCAACAGCAAGCUCGAGCCUACACCCCCUCCUGUUGCCUUCAACAUCAACACAGAGGAGGUGUCAUGGAUGCGCAGAAGCUGGAAGACCAUGAGGGGAGAUGCGCAGAAGCUAGAAGAUCCGUCAAGCUCAAAUGAAGGGAGCGCAGGAGUCAAGGGAUCGGGCGGAGUGUGGGAUUUGGAGCAGAGUCCACUGAGAUCGGUAAUAGGAUCGACUCUAUGA